AUGGCUCAAACCAGAUUCCUCACCGGGAACGACGCCAUUCUCACCCGGCUAUUCAUCGGCACCCUCAAAGGGGUAGCCUUCGAAUGGUUCCGUAAGUUGGAACCAGGCUCUAUCAAGUCAUGGGCUGACAUGGAAAGGCUUUUCCUGGCCCGCUUCUUCGAUGAUGAUACAGAGGUGUCAAUGGCCACCCUCUUUACUAAGAAGCAAAGGAAGUCGGAGUUAGUCAACGACUUCGUAAAGAGGUUCAGGAAUCAAUCGGUGCAUUGCCGAGACCAAGUCUCUGAAGCUACACUGAUCGAGAUGUGCUGUAAUAACCUUUCGAUCCAUAUUCUGUCCAAAGUUGGUGCGGUAGAAACCCGAACCUGGAAAGAACUCGUUCGCCAGGGUGAACAGGUUGAGAAUAUGAUUAAGAGGCUCGAGGCCGAGGAGCCUCACCCCAAAAAGGGAGCUGCAGAGCCGAGCAUGCCUAGGAAUCCCCCUCGAUCGAGAGGAAAGGAGAUCAGGACCGUUGACUCCGCUCCGGCCCCCAAACCAGCCCAAAAGCCAAAACCUAGGCCGUUUGAACAACGUCCCCCGAGGCAAUACGACUUCAGGGAAGACCAAGUGGUAGCAACCCUUGACACACUCCUCAAAAGUAGCAGGAUUAAGUUAUCGGAAGUGACCAAGCCUAAAGAGGCAAACAAGACCAAUGACUCGAGCUACUGUGUGUACCACAGGUUCCUUGGACACCAUACUUCCAAAUGCUAUAUCCUCAAUAAUAAGCUUCAAGCCCUAUACGACGCAGGGGUUCUAAAAAAGGAGAAGGUACAAAAAUAG